AUGGAGAUGAAUAUUGAAGGUGUUGAUCAAAUUAGCAGCCUUCCUGACGCACUUUUAUCUCGGAUUAUUUCACAUCUAAGUAUCUCAGAAAGUAUACGAACAAGCAUCUUGUCAAAAAGAUGGAAAAAUAUAUGGAAAUCUUCGUCUUGCCUUCACUUUGAUACAAACUUUCUGACCAAAUUCUGCAUAGAUAUUUAUGAUAGGGAUGCGAGUUUCAGAGACUAUAACAGAAAGAGACUAUAUGACGAGAUUUCACGAGGCACAGGUUUAGUUGAAAAGAUCAUUGAUUCUCAUGAAACAAAACUGGUAUCUUGCAGUAUUUCUCACAUUGAAGAUAAUUUUAAAUCUGGUCUCGUUGAAAGAUUGAUCAAAAACCUUAAAGAGAAAAAGCUCAUCGAAGAACUCUCCCUCGUGUGCGAACAACUCUUUGUAUCCGAUAAGUUUCGGUGCAAUUUGCCUCCAGGUAUAUUUUUCUGUAGAACCCUACAUGUUUUGGAAUUGAAGGGAUAUAGGCUUAAAGAUGCUUCUCCUUUUGAAAGCUGCUGUAAUCUUGUCACCUUAAGGCUCAAUUCGGUGAAUCUUGAUGAUAAAACCCUCUCUCGGGUUAUUUUAAAUUGCAUGUUCUUGGAGGAUUUGUGUCUUUGUUCUUGCACUGGCUUAAAAAAGAUAGAGAUCCAUGAUAAGAAUCUCAAGUCUUUGAAACUUAACGGCUUGGAUUUGGAAGGAAUUGAUAUCAAAGCCGAGGGCCUCAGCAUUCUUGUGCUUAAUUCAGUUUCGUGCUCAGUAAAUAUGAAAAUUAAUACUCCGAGUCUCGUGGAGUUUGGAUUUUGUUCUGAUGGUGGUCGACUCCAAAAAAGCACACAAAUCUAUUCCAGGAUCAUAGAUUUUCUUGAGCGUUGCUGUGGCCUCUUGCAGCAGCAAAACCCUAAUAAUGGUUUUGUGAAGUGCUCCAAUCCAUUUGGGCAGUUGCAUACUCUAUCUAUCAGUUUAGCUUUGGACAGUCAAAUGGAACAACACAUCUUAGAUCACAUCUUCAGACUAUGCACCCAUUUGCAGAGACUCGGUAUCAGUAUUCCACCCAACAAUAGGGGGCCUUCCGACUGGGAAUUACCAUAUCCUACAUCCAUGUUCUGGGAGAAAAGGGAGCUGCAUGAUAGCAUCACACAUAGCCUGAAGUUGGUGAAGAUAAAAGGAUUCUGUGGGAAAGAGGAGGAGAUCAUUUUUGCUAAACAUCUCAUAAGAAAGGCUCCCAUGCUGAGGAGAUUUGUGAUUGAAUGUGGCGAGAACUGCUCAGAGACAGGAGCAAGGGAAACUUUAGGCUUACCACUCGAGCCAAGGGCCUCCGUCAAUCUCUCUAUAGUCUUGAAGCCAAAGAUGCUUGCUAAAGAGUUUCAAUGCCCUCAAAUAUAUAAUGCUUCGCAGCUUCGUUCUGCUGUUUUCUUCGCUUCUUAA